AUGAUUCCAACGAUAAGGUCGCCAAGAUGUGUUAAUUCACAAUUCAGACAAAGCAUAAGGACCAUAAAACUAAGAAGAACGGUAAAUAAGUUAGUUGAAGUCCAAUUAUUAAAGACUUUACCAGGUAUUGGAGUUGAAGGACAAAUCUUGCAUGUUAAACCAGGUUUCAUGAGAAAUUAUUUACAUAUAGACAACAAAGCAUGUUAUAUAACUCCAAAUAAUCCACCAAGAUUACCUAUAGUUGAUGUAGAAGAAUUACGUCAAGAAGAACAAAGAAAACGUAGAAUAGCACAACAACAACAAAUUCAAAAACAAAAAUUACUAGAUCAACAAGCUAAAUCACAAGACAAGGAAGUAGAAAGUACUGAAGAUAAGGAAACCGAUGGCGCUAUGUCACUUGAAGAAUUAUCUGAUUUAUUCAGUAGUAUGAAAUCAAACAAGAGAAAACCAGAUUCCAAACCAGAAUUGAAAGUUCAAUCAAAUGUAUUUGAAGAAUCCUCAGAAUCCAACCAACCAACUUCUUCUUCAUCAGCAAAAACCACAAACACUGAUCCAAUCCAUAGUCUUACAUCAAAAUUACCAAAAUUGUUAACAUUAAACGCAUCAAGUUUACCAAUUUCAAAACAAUCAAUAAUAAAGCAAAUUCAAGAGAUAACUGGUGAUUCAAGUCUUACUUUACAACAAGUAGAAUUAAGUUACAUUGACACUCCCGAAACAACUAUAAAUGAAAUAAGCGAAAGAGGAAGAUAUCAAGUUAAAUUAAACUCAACUUUGGAUGAUUCUUUUGUAACGCAAGUUUUGGAAGUUGAAUAA